AUGGCAAUGUCAACAUUAGAAUCACUUCCAAAUGAAAUAUUAAUUAAUAUCUUCGAAAAGUAUAUUAAUGGUGUAGAUAUUAUUGUUGCUUUUGUUAAUCAACAAAAUCAACGUUUCAAUGGAUUAAUUAUGCAAUGCCAACAGUACAAUUUUAGUUUUGUUAAUUGUCAAAAAGAUUGUUUUCAUUAUUGUAUCAACCUUUUACCAAAUUAUAUCGGCAAAAUUAAAGAAUUAGCUUUAUCUGAUCACAACACUCCUGGUCAAAUUUCAACUUUUUUAUCACGUUUUCCGUUGUUAAACAAUUUUAGCAAGAUUCAUAAACUAUCUAUCAACUUUAAUGCAGAAACUGUUUUUUGGAUAAUAAUUCAAAAUGCUCUACGUUCUUUAUCUACCACGAAGAUUCACACUUUAAUAAUUAACGUAAUACAUAUGGAGAGACCAUUAAGAUCUAAUAAUACAAUUUAUGAUGCACUUAAUUUACAAACUAAUGAUGUAUUUGAUUUACCAACUAUUAAACGAAUAGAUCUACUGAACGAUUCUUCACAUGAUGAUUGGAGUUUAUUACCAACUUUUUUUUCAAGUACUGAGCAUUUAACAUACAUUAGAAUGUCAUGUGACUUUCAAUAUCUCUGUUCUAUUUUACAACAUGCUGUUCAUCUCAAAUAUCUUAAUGUUAGACUUGAUUCUUGGAGCCGUCCUAGUUUUUACAAUUCGUAUCAACAUACAACAAAUGAUAAUAUUACAUCAAUAGCUGUUCUUCAUACACUUAUAUUGUCUUUUCGAUCUACUGAUCCAACAACAUUCGAAAAGCUUGCACAUUAUCUCAAACUUAUGCCUGUCUUACGUCGCUUAGACAUUAAAGCACAUGGAUUACUUCUUGAUGCAAAUGCUUGG